AUGAUGAAAUGUAUGAAUGGGGAAAUAGAGUCCGAAUCUGACAAUGAUGAGCAAGACACCCCUUUGAUGGAUGAUGAUGAGGAUGACGAUCAAAUACAGACUUAUGCAACCGGAGAAGCACUUGUGGUAUGUGUUGUAAUUAUUGAUAGCGGUAGUUCUACUAACGUUGCAAGUACUGUUAUGGUUGAUAAGCUAGGUCUGAAGACGACAAAGCACCCCAACCCAUACAAACUACAGUGGUUAAAUGAUGCUGGAGAGUUAAGGGUCACCAAACAAGUUCUUGUCCCAUUUUCCAUUGGAAAAUACAAGGAUGAAGUGAUGUGUGACGUUGUGUCGAUGGAUGCCACUCUCUUAUUGUUGGGACGUCCAUGGCAGUUUGACAAGAAGGUAAUGCAUGAUGGGUUCACCAAUAGGUAUUCGUUCAUGAAUGCAGGAAAACAAAUCACUUUAGCCCCUUUGUCGCCAAGUCAAGUACAAGAAGAUCAAGUUCGUCUGAAAAAGAACAGCGAAGAAGCAAAGGGGAAGAAGAAGAUAAACGUUUAUGCGAGCAGAAAAGAAAUCAGGAAGUGUCUUUCCUCUCAACAAUCUUUAAUCGUUUUAAUGCAUAAAGAUCAUUGUUUGUUGGCUGAAAUUCCCCCUGAUUUGCCUAUGUCUAUUACAUCUCUUUUGCAAGAUUUUGAAGAUGUGUUUCCUGAAGAAAUCCCAGAUGGAUUACCACCAAUUAGAGGGAUUGAACAUCAAAUUGAUUUCAUCCCUGGAGCUACCAUUCCAAAUAGACCAGCCUACCGGAGUAAUCCUGAUGAAACAAAGGAGUUACAGAAACAAGUCAAAGAGCUGUUGGACAAAGGAUACAUUCGAGAAAGUUUAAGCCCUUGUGCUGUACCAGUUUGUUGGUACCAAAAAAAGAUGGAACUUGGAGAAUGUGUGUGGAUUGUAGAGCUUAAAUCCUUGAGCGAACAUGCUAAACAUUUAAGGAUUAUUCUAAGCACUUUAAGAGGAGAGCAUUUAUAUGCUAAUCUCAAGAAGUGUGCUUUUUGUACUAACCAAGUUACCUUCUUAGGUUUCAUUGUUAGUUCACAUGGACUAGCAGUUGAUCCAGAAAAGAUUAAGGCAAUUCAAGAAUGGCCAGAACCGGUCAACGUAAGUCAAGUUCGAAGCUUUCAUGGAUUAGCCAGUUUUUACAGAAGGUUUGUACCAAACUUCAGUUCAAUUGCCGCCCCCUUAACCGGGAUUAUCAAGAAGAAUUCAAACUUCUGUUGGGGCAAAGAACAAGGUGAAGCCUUCAAGGAACUUAAGGAUUAUCUGACAAAGGCUCCCCUAUUAGCCUUGCCAAACUUUGAUAAGACAUUUGAAGUUGAAUGUGACGCCUCUGGGAUUGGGAUUGGUGCUGUUUUGAGUCAAGAAGGAAAACCAAUCGUUUACUUUAGCAAAAAGCUAAAUGGUGCAACCUUGAACUAUCCCGUCUAUGGCAAAGAGAUCGUUAAAGCAUAUCAAGGGACAACACAAGCUCAACAAGAGACAUGCCAAAUGGGUCGAGUUUCUUGA